AUUCGAAUCAACACAAAUAUCAAUCAAUAAUGAUCAAAAAUAUCGUUAUCGUAAAGUAUUAAUUCUUAUCGAUUCAUUAUCACCAAUUCAUACAAAUAUUAGUGAAUUAUUUGAAUUAUCACAGAAUAUUUAUCUUGAUUGUAUAAAUUGUGUUCCAAUAAUUUUUCUAUUACGUUAUGAAAUUAAAUUUUUAUAUGAUUGGCUAUCUGAUUCGAUUCGAUGGUUAAAUCAACGUUUUCGUUGUACGAUUAUAUCGUUUUAUGAUGAAUCGUACGAACAAGUAUUACAUUUAAGACCAAUUAUAAAUGGUUGUCUUGAAUUGAAUGAAAUUUAUUGGCCAAAAACUGAACAAGAUUUUAAUCAUUUACGUAUUUCAUCAUCACGAUGUGAUCUUAAUCAAACCUUAAUUAAUAUUGUUAUUAAUGAUUUUAAUCCAUACAGUGAUAUACAUUAUCAUGAAAAUUAUAUUGAAUUUGGUCCUUGUAUUGAAAAAAAUCUUAUUGAACUUUUGAUUGAAAAAACAAAUUUUCGUUAUCGAUUAAUCGAUGGUUUUCAAAAUUGGGGUAAAUAUGAAAAUGGUGUUUGGACCGGUUCGGUUAAUCAUCUAAUCAAUGGGUCUGCCGAUUUAGCCAUUGGUGGUUUUUCCAUUACAUAUGAUCGAUCAUUAUUUAUUGAUUAUAGUGAAGUAAGAAUGGUUGAUGAAAUUGCAUUCAUAUCACGUAUUCCAAAACUUCGAUCAAGAUCAUGGCUAGUUUUGGAACCAUUUUCUCAUUUACUUUGGUUUACAAUGAUCAUUGUAUUCAUAAUAGUUUCUUAUAUUCUUUAUUUUAUUUCAAAAUGGGAAAUUAAUCAUAAUUAUAAUCAUAAGAAUAUUUCAUUAUCAUAUCGAUCGAUUUGGUUAAAAUUGUUGGCCAUUAUUGUUAAUCAACAUGCUCAUGUUGUAAUGAAAACAACUUUGAAACAACGUAUGAUUUUAAUCGGUUGGAUAGUUGGUAAUAUGGUACUUGUUAUAGCAUAUUCAACAGAAUAUUAUACAUUUCUUGCAUUACCACAAUAUGAUGAUCCAUUAUUGACUAAAAAUGAUUUAAUCAAAGUAACACAAAAAAUGGAUCAUUAUUUAUUCACCCUUGAUGGUAGUAUUGUAAUGAAUUUGAAAAAUAUCGAAAGUGAUGAUUUUAAGAUUAUUGGUGCUAAUUUAGCACAAAACGAACGUUUUAAUGUUGCACAAUUAGAAGAAGGAUUUGAUAGAAUUGUUCAGGAUUCACGAUUCAUAUUAAUCGAAUCAAGAGCAGCAUUCAAAUUUCUAUUGAAAACAUAUGCACAAAAAGCAAUGCUCAUUAGUAAUGAUAUUUUGGCCAAUGAUUUUUUAACUGUCGGAUUUACAAGAAGAUCACCUAUUUUUGAUUCAUUUAAUUCAAUAAUUAGCGCAUGCAGCUAUUUUGGUUUCAAACAACAUUGGCUAAAUAAAUUGAUUAUAUUAUCAGAAACGGCAAAUAUUGAAGAAUAUUCCAUUUCAUCUAUUCAAGCAUUGACAACAAAAACAACAUUAGCAAUCGAUGGUUUACAAAUCAAUGACCUUGGUUCAAUAUUUAUCAUCUGGUCGAUUGGAUUAUCAUAUUCUUUUCUAAUAUUUUUGUUAGAAAUUGUUAUGAAAUUUACAACCAAAUCACCUGGAAUUUUAGAUAAAAUGUUUGAAUAA